CUCAUGUUUCCCAGACUGCUUGCUAACCUAACUUUAGCGUGUAUAGUUACGUGCACGCGAUAUUUCCAAGUGUACUUUGUUCGUUUAAUAACGCAUUUAUUUUGUUAUUGUAUGUAACUAUCAAAAAUUAGUAUUACAAGUUACGAGAAUGGCAAAAUUCUGUUUGAAGAAACAAAGUAAGCGUAUGCCAGCUCGAAAAAGAUAUAAAAUCGAGAAAAAAGUUCGGGAACACAAUCGAAAGUUACGAAAAGAAGCAAAAAAGCAUCCUAAACGAAAACCGAAAGUAAUUGAAGUCCCAAAUCAAUGCCCUUUUAAGGAAGAUAUUCUUAAAGAAGUAGAGCUUAUGAAAAAGCAACACGAAGAAGAGAAACAAAAGCAACGUGAAGCUGCGCGUCAAAGAAAGCGAGAAGAACUUGCCAAAACCAGUCUUCAAGGAUUAGUCUCAGCUGCAAAGAAUAAACAAAUGGAACAUCAGAAGAUGGAAGUAGAUGCUGUGCAUGAAAAAAUAAAAGAUGCUUUAGUUAAAGAGGAAAAUUCGUUAAAAGCUUAUUACAAAGAAUUCAGGAAAGUUUUGAACGCAGCUGAUGUCAUUCUUGAAGUUGUCGAUGCUAGGGAUCCUUUGGGAACAAGAUGUAAACAGGUUGAAGAAGCUGUACUGUCUGCGAAAGAAAAUAAAAGAUUGGUUAUUGUCCUAAAUAAGGCAGAUUUAAUACCCAGAGAAAAUUUAGAUCAAUGGUUAACGUAUUUGCGUGGGAGUUUACCGACUGUGGCAUUUAAAGCUUCCACUCAAGACCAAGCUAAAAGAUUAGGUAGAAGAAAAUUGGGGAGAAAAACUGAAAGCAUGAUACAAAGCGGUACCUGCUUUGGUGCUGAGUUACUAUUGUCGCUGCUUGCAAAUUAUUGUAGAAAUGUUGAAAAUAUUAAAACUAGUAUCACAGUUGGAAUUGUCGGGCUUCCAAAUGUUGGUAAAUCUAGCGUUAUUAAUUCCCUAAAACGUAGUAGAGCGUGCAAUGUGGGAAGUACUCCAGGAAUAACGAAAGCAAUGCAAGCCGUACAAUUAGAUUCCAAAAUAAAAUUGUUAGACUCUCCAGGAAUAGUCUUUGCUAAUUCUGGAGAGAACUCCGACGAAUCUUCGGUGGCUUUAAAAAAUGCAGUCAAAAUUCAAUCGUUAAAAGAUCCGUACACGCCAGCAACCGCUAUUUUGAAAAGAGUUUCCAAGCCACAAAUAAUGGAGAUGUAUAACAUACCUGAAUUUUCAACGCCCGAUGAAUUCUUUGCUUUAAAAGCUACCAGGAUGGGGAAAUUUAGAAAAGGUGGUAUACCUGAUAUGGUAGCAGCAGCGCGCAGUGUUUUAGAUGACUGGAACUCUGGAAAAAUAAGGUAUUAUACCGUUCCACCUGAAGAGCCGAAUUGUCACCUGUCUGCAGAAAUUGUAAGCCAAAUGAGUAAAGAAUUCGAUAUCGAACGUUUUGCUGCAGAAGAAAAAAUGAUGAUCGAUAAUUUCAUCGAAGAAGAAACUGCGAAUAAACAAACUAUUGAUCCAGUAUUAAUUGCAAGUUCUGGUCCAGUUAUAUCCGCUAUGGAGGUUGACUUACAAAAACAAGCGCAAAUUAAGAUACAAAACAAACUGAAGAAAAAGAUGGAGAAAAAAUUGGAGAAAUCGAAAAAUCAGGUAAAUGAACCGAGGAAAAAGAAAACAGAUCCGAUUUUUGAAAUCGAGGGCAAUCAGAAAUUGAAUAAACUUAAUAAACUACAAUUUAAGAAAGAGAAGAAAGACCGAGCCAGGAGAGAAAAAGCAGCUGUUAAAUUGGCGGAUCAAUUGGGAGAAUUCAACAUUUCAGCAUCCGAUGAUUAUGACUUUAAUACAGAUUUUGCAGAAAAGUAGACGUAAACAUGUUUAUUCUAAAUAUGUAUGUAAAAUGUAAAUAAUAAGCGAUGUAUAACAAUAAAAAAAGUAUUGUUUUCGUAGAAAUAA